AUGGCGUUCCCCCGGGUGCUACUGGUGGUCCCGCUGUUUACCACUUCCAUUCUUGGGUUGUACUUUCUCAUUCAAAAUGCUCCACCCACUGAUAAUCAAUGCCGCAUCAAAAUGGCGAUUCCCAAGAGCAUGGCUGAACUAAUGGAACUCAAUUUGUGUCUUAGGAAGCAUUACGAAAACAACUACCUAUAUAUGCUUUUAUUGUUCAGUACUGUUUACAUUAUUAAACAGGCCUUUUGCAUACCAGGCUCUGUCUUACUGAAUUUGAUUGCGGGUUCGUUGUUUGGCUCUGUUUUUGGACUCUUUCUGGUGUGCACACUAUCCAGUAUAGGUGUCUCUGCGUGUUACCUCCUGUCUAAAGUGUGUGGCGUCGAAACGUUUCUAAUGAAUUAUUUCCCCAGUGCGUUAACCUCAUCAAAAACUACUGUGGGAAAUUUGGUUAAAAACAACGAACACCAACUUUGGUACUUGUUACUAGUCUUGAGGAUCAUACCGAUUACUCCGAAUUGGCUGUUGAACCUGCUUGCACCGGUGUUCAGCAUUCCCCUCUGGACUUUUACUUACACAACGUUUUUUGGGCUGAUGCCUUACAAUUAUAUAUGCUGCCAGAGUGGAGAAACGUUGUCGAGUAUCAAUUCGUUAGAAGAAAUAUUCACAUUGAAAACAACACUACAGUUAACGUCCAUCGCUGUGGUUAUGGUGGUUGUAAAGGUUGCCUCAAAGUUCUGUAAAAUAAACACCUAA